CAACACGUCUGUGUACGUGAGAAGAAAAUUGGUUUUCCGUACACCGGAUUCGGACGUUCGUCGGACUGCGCGCUGUUCAGACGAGCAUCUCGCUGUGUUAGUGGUGAUGACAAUGAUACGCUAAUACGCAUUGUUGAAUGCUGCGACGGAUAUCAAACGGAUGAUAUCAAACAGGGAUGCAGUCCAUUGCUAACGGAUGAGCUCCGCGAUCGUUUAGCAUCGAACGAGCUCAUUUCAACCGUCUUUGUUUUCAACGAUACUACGUUCUCAUCGUUAUCCGCAUCACUUCAAGCACGCAUGCGACAGCGCAAAGGAUGCGCAAAAGAUCUGAUCAAAGAGCACAUCUACGACGGAAUGCUCUGUUCAGCAAUCCUGCAAGAUGACGUGAAAUCGAUCACCGGUACAAUUCACCGCUUUCAAAAACAGCAUGACGGGAAUGGAAGGGAAAUACUCCGUCUGGACAAUGGCCGAGUAGUGGACGUUGAUCAGGUGGCAUCAAACGGCGUCAUCCAUCUCAUCGAUGAUAAUCUAACAGAUGAGAAAUCGUUUGUCCUAAAUCAUAUUGUUAUGGGCGAUUCGCAUGUUACGAAGAAACUGGUAAAAACUGCAUAUGGAUCAAAGGUUGCAAAAAUUACUUAUUUUCGAUUAUGCCUGUACUACUAA